AUGAGAGUUACAUGUCCUGUGGUUAUUUCUGGGCUUUUUGGAGUCAUCAACCUCGCACUCGCAGAUCUCCGAUGUGACAGCAAUCAGACGAAUGUCGGGGAUUUGAUGGAGUCUGAGAGGGUAUUGAGUCGAUCCAGGAGGUAUCUCGCUUUUCCCAAGAGCAGUUCAUUUGUUGUCACCCUGACAGGAUUGAAAUCAAUUCAAGUGAAGGAGCCAACAAAUUGGAAUCUUGAUCUGGAGUUCGACAUGAUCUGGCCGAUUCCAAGCGAGACCGUAAAAAAACUCCCGAAAAAACCGAUGAAGAAAUUCUACAGUCGACUGCGUCGACACAAAAGGGACCUCUACUCCAAUAUUGAAAUAUCACUCAAUAGACUGGGCUUACCGGGAAGGGACUGCAUGUUGAGGACAAUCUGUGAAGCCAGAGGAUUCCUCUAUCCACCUGGUGUCUCGUUCAUCGAUGAUUUACUGCGAGUAAUUUUGAGUCACGGUGAACAUUCUGCUGGUGAAUUGGAUCUGUAUGAUGUUGCUUAUAAAUCAGCCGAGGAGUGUGAUAUUCAGUACAAGUGUCCCAUAUCAUUUUUACAGUUUUUAUUAAAUAAUGAUAUUGUAGUUCGGUGA